UUGGAUGAGAGGAACCUUGAACAGCAACUAAUCCCUGUCAUAGUGAAAGACAAUUGUAAAUGCUGUGUGCACAGGCAGCCCACUGCAGCUCUUCCUACCCCCAUCACUGCCAACCACACAGCCCAGGAGAUGACACCCUGUCCAGGAUGAGCCUCAGGAGCCACCACUGACUGCACCAGGAGAGGUGGCAGCUUCUGUCUCUUACCCUGAUGGAUACCUGAAACCCAGACACCCUACUCUGAAGCACAACAGAGGCUGCCCCCUCAGCCCUGUGCCCCUGCCCAGUCUCACUGCAUUGUUUCAGACCAAGUUGGCAGUGUCCUAGUGGAGUCCUGCCAGCAGGGAUGCUUGUCAAGGAUCUUCAUCCAUCACCCAUGGACAAUGCCACCUCUCCCCAGAAGACUCUGAGCAGCGUCUGAUCUUGUCAUUGCCAUAGCACCUACUUGCCUCUGCUCUGGAGAAAGACAGACAGACAUGGGACAGACAGAUCCUUGCUUUUAUUAUAUGACUGGGUGCUCCAGACUCUGCUGUCAGUGAGGGAAUCCAGUCCGGUAUCUCUGCUCCAGGUGUUCAUGGUAUCUAGAAGGUAGUCAAGUAGCUGUUGGCCAAAGACGCAGACAUGAAUAACUCAAGUUACACCAACAUUUCCUCUGCGAAUAAGACAAUGAUGGGGAGUCCUUACAAGACGGUGGAAGUCGUGUUCAUUGUCAUUGUGGCUGGAUCCCUCAGCUUGGUGACCAUUAUUGGAAACAUCUUGGUAAUGGUCUCCAUCAAAGUUAACCGACACCUACAGACGGUCAACAACUAUUUUCUGUUCAGCUUGGCUUGCGCUGACCUGAUCAUUGGGGUCUUCUCGAUGAACCUGUACACUCUGUAUACUGUGAUUGGCUACUGGCCCAUAGGGCCGGUGGUUUGUGACCUGUGGCUGGCUCUGGACUACGUUGUCAGCAAUGCCUCAGUUAUGAACCUUCUGAUUAUCAGCUUCGACAGAUACUUCUGUGUAACCAAACCACUAACGUAUCCGGUAAGGAGAACGACCAAGAUGGCGGGCAUGAUGAUCGCCGCAGCUUGGGUGCUGUCUUUUAUCCUUUGGGCGCCUGCUAUCCUCUUUUGGCAGUUCAUUGUAGGAGGCAGAACUGUUCCUGAAGGUGAAUGCUAUAUUCAGUUUUUCUCAAACGCAGCCGUUACUUUUGGUACCGCCAUUGCGGCAUUUUAUCUGCCGGUCAUUAUAAUGACAGUUUUGUACUGGCAGAUUUCCCGGGCCAGCAAGAGCAGAAUAAAGAAGGGCAAAAAACACACAGCCCCAAAUCAAGACCCCAUUUCACCCAGUAAUGUCCAAGGUAAAAUCGUGAAACCAAACAAUAAUAAUAUGUCUGCCAUUGAAGAUGGUUUGGACCACAGCAAAAUCCAGAACGGAAAAGCCACUAGCCAUUCCAGGAUAGAAAGUUGCGUUCAGACAGAAGGGGAGGAAAAAGAAAUAUCAAAUGAUUCCACCUCCGUGAGCGUUGUUGGCUCCAAUACAAAAGAUGAUGGAAAGGAAGAUGGAGCGGCCAGAGAUGCUCCUCAGGCUUCAGGAUCUCAAUCCAAUGCAAAGAUGGAGAAUUCCAAGCUCAAGUGCAUUCGAAUAGUGACAAAAUCCCACAAAGGGGAUUGUGGAAGCACCAGCGGAACUACAGUGGAGAUUGUUCCGGGCGCCAAUGGUCGAAAUGGAGACGAUAAGCAAAACAUGGUGGCACGCAAGAUUGUUAAGAUGACCAAACAGCCAGCCAAAAAGAAGCCCCCUCCAUCCAGAGAAAAGAAGGUGACAAGGACUAUCCUGGCCAUCCUCUUAGCCUUCAUUAUCACCUGGACACCAUACAACGUAAUGGUUUUAAUCAACACGUUUUGCGAUGUCUGCAUUCCCAACACAGUAUGGACAAUUGGCUACUGGCUUUGCUACAUCAACAGUACGAUCAACCCCGCUUGCUAUGCCCUGUGCAACACAGCCUUUAAGAAAACCUUUAAACACCUUCUAAUGUGUCAGUACAAAAACAUAGGCACGGCAAGGUAAAAACUAAUGAUAAUAAUAUUUUUUGUUUUUUAAAAAGCAGUCCGAGGAAGGAGAGUUGCCAUUUAAAUAUUAUGCCACAGCACUUUAUAUUUGAUUAUGGAAUGUCUAAUUUAGGGAUUUUAUUCCAGACACACACCUGUAAAUCAGUUUCAUCUGAAAAAAAAAAGGAAAUCAGUAAAACGAAUUUUUAAAGAAAACUCAAACUGCACUUAUAGUUAUUGGACGUUAAACACAGGGACAGCAAUGGACUGCUAAACAUGCUAUGAAGAUGCCAAAUUGGCUCCAUCCCUUGGCUCUUUGUCCUAUAAAACUCCAAAGGGCUGUUUGCUUGAAUUUUUCUUUCUGUCCUGAUACCUACAGGAAAAUAAUUAUACGAAACAAGCUCCAUAAACCGCAGGAGGUAUCAUAAAGAAUUGAACAAAAUGUAACUUUGUAACACUUUGUUUCCAGCGGUGAAGCAUUAACCACGUGACUUUUUGUGACCUUGACACUGGAGACCUUGGAACGUUGACGAUUUCCACAGAACCUUGAGUUAAAACUGGUUUAUCUGUGCCUAUGUGUUUCUAGUGACUGUCUAUGAAAAUAUAUCUAAAAGUUUUAAGCCCUCGCGUAUAAAACGGGCUGAUGAAAGCGCUUCCUUUAAAACAAACACACUAAGAGCAAA